AAUGAGCUGGAAAAUGCAUACAGACAAACGAAAUUUGCAUCGAAUCGUGCCGAAAGAGUGCUGGUGAAAGAAAUUGAUAAGCUGAAACGAAAUCAAACAAAGCUAGCAAAAUAUAAUAUUGUGAAGGAAGAAAAGCAAGCAAUACAGCUGCAGCUUCGUGGAAUGAAUGAAAAGCGCAGCAAUGUGCUGAAAUCGAUCCGCGAAAUAACCAAUCAGCUACAGGAGACCGACGAUGAAUUGAGGUACCAGAGGCGUAAUUUUCAGCAGCUCAAAGAACGCCUGCGCGAUCUGUAUCAGAUGAAAAAAGAGCUCGUUGAGAGUUACAAUGAGGAAAGAAAGGAGUACAAAGAUUGGUGUACCGCGAAACGCAAUUCUGGCUCUUUUUCGCUGCACCCUGUGGAUUAUGGCUAUCCAGCCACAUAUCCAUCAGCACAUCGCAGUCAGGCUUAUGAUUCUGCUGAGGAAUAUCCAGAAUCAUUUGUGACUCUCCGUGCAUCACUGUCACUGCCAGCUCGUACCGCUGAUAACGAUGAGAACACAGACAAGGAAACAUCUUUUGUUAAUGUUCUGAAGAAAAAAGUCAGCAAAAAAUCGACCAAAAAACCAUGCCAGAAAAUCAGUCAUCCAGUACAAAUGAUCUGCUUAUUCAAGGAAACCGGUGUACCAAUACCGCUAACAUAUCGUGAAAUUGAGCAGACUCUAAAAACCGUUGAGGAACUACGGCAGCAGUACCAGGAACAAACGAACAUUAUUGUUUGGGAGGAAAGCGAUUAUCAACAGUUGCCCUCGUUCAGUGAGAGCACACAUACCACUGAUUCAGCCUGGAAUGGUUCCACAGAUAUGUCGGAGCGAGGAAGUACCUAUGGAUUUAUGCAUGUCUCCUCGUCCACUGAUUUCACUUCACCGGUUGAUGAAGAACCGGAAUUACUUCCACCGAGCACCGCCAACGACGAUGGGGUGGCCGAAAAUCUAGCUGGUCUGGCGCUUGCCGAUGAAGGAAUCGGAAGCAAAUCUUCCACUCAUUAG